UUCACUUCCCAUAUAAUAUAGGAAGUUGAUGACUGAUCCGAAUUCACCCAUUAUUGAUUUUUAUCCGACUGAUUUUGAAGUUGACAUGAAUGGAAAGCGGUAUUCAUGGCAGGGUAUUGCAAAACUACCUAUCAUUGAUGAAGAGCGCCUUCUUGCUGAGGUUGCAAAAGUAGAACAUACUUUGAUGGGGGAAGAAGCACAGAGAAACAGUACAAUGUGUGACAUGCUUUUUGUGGCAGCUUCACACCAUCUCUCAGAGCAAAUCUUUUCUCUUGACAAUCGUUGUAAACAAUUGCCAGAAAGGCAACGGAUUGAAGUCAAGGAGGAAGGAUUUGAGUGACGGGAUGAAUGGUUACAUAUCCCCUUGUGCUGGAGAAACACAGCCUCCUAUUUUCAGGUCUCCAAUCAAGGACAUGGAAGAUAUUUUGGCCAAUGAAGUCAUGUAAGUUUUAAUUAUUGA